AUGUCGACUUUAACGCAUCCAGAGUGGGACAAAGAGACUGGCGGUCUCGAAGUCGCGAAAGCCUUCGCUGAUCGGAUCCUAGGGAAAAAUGUGCUCAUCACCGGUGUGUCUCCUGAAAGCAUCGGUUCUUCCAUAGCCCUCUCGAUUGCUUCCCAAGCCCCGUCGCUGGUCAUCCUUGCCUCGCGCACCAAAUCCAAACUUGAAGAGGUCUUGAAGAACGUUCAGAAUGCGUAUCCAGAGGUCACGAUUAAGACUGUACUCCUCGACUUGAUGUCCCAAGGGUCUGUCAGAGCCGCUGCGGAGGAGAUAUCGCAGUUGACAGAUCGUCUAGACCUGAUCAUCAAUAACGCAGGUAUCAUGACACCAACGCGUCAAACGACGGAAGAAGGUCUUGAAGGUCAAUUCGGCGCGAACCAUAUCGGUCACUUUCUACUCACCAACCUACUAAUACCUCAGCUCCUAGCUUCUGCUUCGAAUUCUAACGAGGGUAUGACACGUGUCGUUAACUUGACUUCUCUCGGACAUCGACUUAGCCCUGUUCGCUUUUCAGACUAUAACUUGGAGAAGAGUAACGAUGAUGUGCCCGAGGAGGAAAGACAUACGCCGCUGCCCCCGAUGUUUGCGAAGAGCACGGAAGAUGGGUAUAACGGGUACGUAGCCUAUGGGCAGGCAAAGACGGCAAACAUCUUGUUCUCGGUAGCUAUCAAUGAGAAGUUCGGUGAGAGAGGGGUGAAAAGCUACGCCGUGCAUCCUGGUUCGAUUUGGACUGGUCUUAGUCGCGAUUUGGAUGCUGAUGGUGAAGCUGCGAUUCGGAAGACGAGUCCGUUCUGGAAGAACCAUGAUCAAGGUGCGGCGACAGUGUUAGUCGCGGCGUUCGAUCCUUCUUUAGAUGAGUCGAGCGGUGUAUUAUUGCAUGACUGCCAAAUGUGCGAUGCCAUGCCAUACGCGACCGACCCGAAGUUAGCCGAGCAACUGUGGACCUUGAGCGAGAAGUUGGUACAGAAUAGUUCCAAAUUGUGA